GUCAUUAUCCUACAGGACCGGAAACCCAAAUUGCGCGGCUUUGGGCAUCCACGAUGCUUAUUCCAAGACACCGACGAACAUCAGCAUCCGCCAGCAGCCAGCAGCCACGAUCCCGUUCUUGAUUCUGUCACAUCUCGGGAUACCGCUUUCCGCGAAAAAGGUAUGGAGUACUGUGUAUCGGUACGGCAGGCCCCCAAAACUCAGUUCUCCAGUGACUCCCCACCCACACAGGACCCUCUCGGCCCCGUUCCUACAUUAGAACAACCGCCGGACCCAAGUUCUAUUCAACGCGACGUUGUACAGGAUGUACGGAUUACUUGUUGCACACUACAUUAG